UGCAAUGGGAGAGGGAGGAGGAGGGAAGGAAAGAGGGAGCGGGGGAUGCGAGGAGGGGAACACAAUACAGCGAGCUCUCACUGCAACACAAAGCAACAUGGAGGUCUGUGCCGGACCCUGAUGCAGCAUUGGGAUCACCCUGGCCCGGGUGCAAGCUCCGGUUACAUGCUCUUGGGCACCUGAGGGUGCUUGCCAGCGGUUCUGGAGAGUGAGGGGACAUGAUCGGCUCUACGGCUGUGGCGCUUCUCCUCUGUGUGCUGGGCUGCAGCGUAUGGGGAGCUGGAAGCAAAGCCUCGCAGGAGCACAAUGCAGCAGCUCAAGAGGUGACCCUGAAAGUACAAGUGAGUGAUGUCAGUACUCACCAGCCCAUUGCUGAUGCUGUCAUAGAGAUAUUCGCCAAUCAGGUAUCUGCUGCAUCUGGAACCACAGGAGCUGAUGGGACAGCAUUAGUCAAGCUGCAGUAUAAACUGGGCAGCCAGCUUAUUGUCACAGCAACCAAACAAGCCUAUGUGCCAAAUUCUGCGCCUUGGAGACCUCUGAGAUUGCCUGUUUUUUCCUCACUAAGCCUUGGUUUAUUGCCGGAGCGCUCUGCCACGCUCAUGGUAUACGAUGAUAUUGUGCAGAUAGUCUCAGGAUUUCAAGGAUCAAGGUUACAGCCUCGAGUUCACUUUCAGAGAAGGGCACUGAACCUGCCAGGAAAUGCCACUUAUAAGGACCUUACUGCUUUCCUUACAGCUGCUAGUGCACCCUGGGAAAUUGACAGCUUUCCUUAUCUGCAAGGAUCAGAUGGCAACUCUACAGGAAAUAACAGCAGGUUUGACCUCACCCCAGUUACUGCUGUCAGCUUCCAUUUGCUCAACAGUGAUGGGGCGGACAUCCCUGUGAAUGGACCUAUUUAUGUGACAGUCCCUCUGCCUAUGCACAGCAGCCUGAAACACAAUGCACACGUCCCGGCAUGGAGGUUUGAUCAAAAGCAUGGAACCUGGCUGAAGAGCAGUAUUGGCAUCAUCCAGCAAGAGGGCAGCCAGCUUACCUGGACAUACAUUGCACCACAGAUGGGCUACUGGGUUGCAGCCAUGUCUCCGUCGAACCCAGAUCCAGUGGUGACGCAGGACAUCACUAGCUAUCACACUAUGUUCCUUUUGGCAAUAUUAGGAGGCAUUGCCUUUAUACUGCUGGUCCUCCUGUGCCUCUUGCUCUAUUACUGCAGGAGGAAAUGUCUGAAGCCACGUCAGCAUCACAGGAAGCUUCAGCUGUCCACAGCACUGGAUUGUUCCAAAAAGGAUCAGGCCACGUCUAUGUCCCACAUUAAUUUAAUUAGUCCCAUCCAUUUGGAGAUGAUGUCUUCUAGUGGUGAAGUCGAUAUUCAUACCCCAAUGCUAAAGCCUUCAUACAAUACCUCACAGGAUUUUGGCUCAAGAGAAGAGCUGCUUUCUCAUCAAGAAGACAAGAGCAGAACGUCUUUGGAUAAUCUGACUCCAAGAGGAACGUUGAGACAGGUGUACAAUAAAUCUUUGGACCAUAUCCUCAUGAAAUCAAGGAAGUCAGCAGAAAUAUCAGAUGAAUAUACGUCUACCAUGAAAGAUGAGUACCGGAGGAGUUACAAUUCAGUCAUCUGUCAGCCUUUAUUCGAAAGCAAGGACAAAGACCUUUUGUCAUCUACCAACCACAUUACAGCAGGAAGUAAGCCAAAUAUUCAGGAACAAAUGCACCCAGUGCCUUCUGCUCCUGAACCAGAGCAGUUGAUAGACCGACGGUCUAAUGAAUGUAUGAUGUCAAGGUCAGUAGAUCACCUUGAAAGGCCAACCUCUUUUUCUAGACCUGGUCAGCUCAUUUGUUACAAUUCCGUUGACCAGGUUAAUGAUAGCGUUUACAGAAAUGUUCUGCCCACCUUAGUUAUUCCAGCUCACUAUGUGAAUUUGCCUGGAGAACAUCCCUUUGUCAGCCAGCAGUUGAUUGUCUCUGCUGAGCAACAGUUUGAAAUAGAAAGACUUCAGGCAGAACUUUCCCACGCCCAGCAGAUGCAGCAGCCACCAUUAAGUGCUCAAGCGAUAUCACAACAACACCUGCAAGAUGGAGAGGGUGUUGAAUGGACUGCACAAAACACAAUGAUGUCCGAAUCUGUCUCUAUUCCAGCUUCGCUAAAUGAUGCCGCUAUUGCCCAGAUGAAUGGUGAGGUGCAGCUCCUGACAGAGAAAGCCUUGUUGGAGCUCGGUGGAGGAAGGCCUAUGCCCCAUCCUCGAGCCUGGUUUGUGUCUUUGGACGGCCGAUCAAAUGCGCACAUUCGUCAUUCAUACAUUGAUCUUCAAAGAGCUGGUAAAAAUGGAAGUAAUGAUGCCAGCUUAGAUUCAGGCGUGGACAUGAAUGAACCAAAAUCUGGAAGAAAAGGGAGAGGAGAAAAAUUUUCCCUGCUGCAGCAUCACCCAUCUGUGCAGCAUCCAACUUUACAGGAGCACCAGCAGCUGAACCAAGUGAAUGUUUCAGACAGUACCGCUUACACGCAGCUUGUUUACCUGGACGACAUGGACCAAAGUCCCAGUGAAUGUGGUACAGCUGUCUGUAGCCCUGAGGACAGUAGACCAUUCAUUGAGGCACCUGCAAAAAAGAGCGGUAGCCAACUACCCAGCCUUCAGGAAGAGACUAUUAAGCUAACCGCGGAAUCCUCACCAGUGCCAUUAAGUAGCCCGGAGCAUGAGUUUAGCAUAAACGAUGACAGUGGCGAAGACCAAGGAGAAAACAAAAAAAGCCCUUGGCAAAAAAGAGAAGAGAGGCCGCUUUUGGCCUUCAACAUGGAAUGAGUUGUACUCUCACCUCGCAAUGGAGCGGAAAAAAAUUUGCCAAAUAUUCUUUUCUUGGAAACGCUUACCUUUAGGAUCCACAUUUCUGCCAAGAAAUUAAUCUGCAUUCAAUUUGGACCCUUUUCGUCAGCGAAUGUUUUGGAGCAUAGGAAGGAAACCUGCAAGGAAUCUUCUGGACUGUGUUUUUUUUUCUCUUGUUUUGUUUUUACCAGUAAAGGGACAUGCCACCAAGUGAUUUUAUGCCCUAUAGGACAAUUCCUGCAGGGUCCUGACCACUACCCUCCCAGUGUUGGGAGCAUGUGAGACUUAGUUACGGGAACUGAUUGUACGAUGGUAAUGUUUACUGUAAGUGACAUAAUGCUAUAUACGAGGAGCUCACACCAUGUGUCAUGAAGUACACAUAACAGAAAGGCUAUGCAUUGCUGCUUUCACCCGAAGUGGCAUUCUGCCUAGGCAUUGCUUUAUAGGUUAGAAUUUCUUUUUUUUUUUUUAAUUAUGUGGCUGUACAAACUUACCUUUUUUAUUGUAAUCUGCUUUUAUUGGUUUUAUUUUUUUUUUUUUUGCUUUAUUCCCAGUUUUUCUAAUGUAUUUCUACAAGAAAGCUGUGAGUAGCAAAUCUUUUUGUUUAGAAGGGUUUGAUUUCCAUAUUUCUAAAAGCCAAACUUUUAACGUCUGCUUUUUUUUUUUUUUUUGUCGACAGAAUCUGGUCCCUAUCCUUCAAGUGCCUUUUUUUUACUGUUUUAAUAGCUCUCUUUUUGCUAAUGCAUUAAACUCGGUUUUACUAGUUUCCAUUUCAGUUUGUUGCGUGCAUGCACUCGGAGGGGGGCUCCAUUUUGGCUUUGCAGCUCUCGCUUCCCUAUGGCAUUUCUUUCCUUGUGUACUGCACAUUCUGUUUAGGUGAGAAUCUUGAAUACAGGCCGCUAUGUAAUAUAAGCCUCUGCGAUGUAAAUACGGUUUCUAUUGCUUCGGGACUCGAUUAAACUGCUCGCUUUAUCCACGGCAGACUGACCAGGUGGUCGGAGUAAGUGAAAACCUUAACAUUAUAUACCAUUCUAAAUUGCUAGAAUGACUUUUCUGUGCAUUCUAUUUAAAGAACUGCUUGGUUAUACAAGAAAUAUAAUUGAAAUAAAAUCUUUAAAAAAUA